AAGCAGUGAUAAUUCACUAAAAAGCCUUCAAAGCUUAACAUUUCAUUGCGAUUCAUCACAAACUAAAACACUUUAUUCGAAUUGCAGUCAGAUUCUUAAAAUUCUAAUAAUAGAAACCCCUGAAAUUUCAAGUCAGUAAUUUGAGGCAAAAGGGCUCUGAAUUGUUAAACAGCAGAAUCAAGAAUGCUGGUACGGCGUUAUAAUCCCAUGUCUAUUUUAUCCUCCGCCGUCUUCAGCCCAGUUCACCGGCAGUUUAGGAGAUGUCGUCUUCCAUUGUUGCGACCCCACUUCCCACCUUCACUUCUUUGUACCACCAUAUCCAGUGUCCCCACAAUUCUCACCACUUCAUUCUACUCUACUAACAGUGCAGAAAGCUCCACUACUGAUGAACUGCAGCAUCACCUAUCAAAUUCUAAGCAAGGUCCUUUGAAACCAGGUUUAUAUCUAGUUGGAACCCCAAUUGGCAAUCUUGAAGAUAUUACUCUCAGGGCUUUGCGAGUCUUGAAAUCGGCAGAUGUGAUUCUUUCUGAAGAUACAAGGCAUUCUGGAAAAUUGCUACACUAUUACAACAUUAAAACUCCUCUUCUUAGUUAUCACAAGUUCAAUGAAUCUCAAAGAGCACAAAUGGUGCUGAGGAAACUACAAGAUGGUGAAAUUGUCGCCCUGAUCAGCGACGCUGGCACACCAGGCAUCAGUGACCCUGGAAUGGAACUGGCUAAGCUGUGCGUGGAUAAAAAUGUACUUGUUGUUCCGAUUCCUGGGCCUUCUGCUGUGGUAACUGCUCUUUCGGCCUCUGGCUUACCUACUAAUGAGUUCACAUUUGUUGGUUUUCUUCCAAAGCAUAAUUCUUCGAGGAAAGAGAGGCUGAUACUUUCAGCAAAUGAAUCAGCCACACAGAUUUUCUUCAUUCCACCUCACAGGCUUUCUCAAUUUCUUGAAGAGGCUGCUGCUAUAUUUGGUGAGAGUAGGGGGUGUGUUAUGGCUCGGGAGAUGACCAAAGUUCAUGAGGAGUUUUGGCGUGGCACCAUCGGCGAAGCCAAAGAGGCAUUCUUGGCACGCCAACUGAAGGGCGAAAUUACUUUCUUGAUUGAAGGCAAAUCGAUCAGUAUAGAUGAGAGUCCAUCAGAGUCCCAGCUGGAGAAUGAGUUGAGAGAGCUGAUUUCGGAGGGACAUUCUCUUUCAAUGGCCGUCAAGUUGGUAGCAAAUGGGAAGUCGGUGAAACGAAAAGCAAUAUAUUCUCUUGCAUUGAGGAAAUUUGGAGGGCAACUAGAAUCAGAGGAUGAAUAGACUAACUCUAUCCGGAAAGGAUUUUUGUGAUAUCUUCCCCGUUCGAAUGAUACGAGAGUGUGAAAUAAGGCAAAGAGAGUGCAGCACACUAUCUAUCCAUGACGGUUUGACUGAAUUCUUGCUAGAGAGAAAGGUUAUUUUAUACCAAUGUGGAUACCAUGGAGUUAAAAGCUUUAUUGGAGGACAAGGACAUCAAAUUUGGUAGAGAUCAACAUGAUUUGUUAGUAGCAAAUUGUUUGUUAAGCAGUCUAUAGUUGUAGUCACAGAUAUCACAUCUGAUUAUCAUUUUCUUUUUAUUGUUACUCUAUUGUCCUUGGACCUGCGCAAGGGAGCCUUGGAACAACAAUAAAGUUGUCUCUGUGUAACCUAUAGGUCACGAGUUCGAGCCGUGGAAGCAGCCGCUGAUGCUUGCAUUAGAGUAGACCGUCUACAUCACACCCCUUACAGUGCCCGGACCCUAAAUGAAUGCGGGAUGCCUUGUGCACCGUGCUACCCUUUUUAUUGUACUUGGAGCUGCAACUUGGUAUCCGAUAACAUUUUUGAUUAGUUUUUGAUUUUUGUAAUAAAUCACGUGUAUUAGGUGCAAACUACGUUUUGCUUUAGGCUUCUUGGUAAUAGCUUAAGUAGUAGUUUUAUGUUGGUCUUUGUUAGGUGCCAUUUUGGUUAUUGAGUUAGUAGUGAAUAAUCAUUUUCGUAUGUUUAAGCAACUUGUGUUUGUAUUCACACGAUUCAUUACAUGCCUUUAGUUUUUUCUUUUU